CCUCCACACUUCUUGGUUUGGCUCAAAACCCGGGGAAGAAGAAACUGGGGUAAAAAAAAAUGGACCCGCCCUCGUUUAACCCCAACUCCCAAGAAACACGUGCUCUCCGGCAACCCUGACCCGGCAGUCGUCUCAUCAAGCACUUACACCACCAUGAGACUUGUCCAAAAAUGAAGCCAUUCACACUCCUUCUCACCACCUUCUCUCUUUUUGUCUCUCCCAUAUCGGCAAACACAGAGAAGACGAUAUUCAUUGCUCCUCCAGCUGUCGACCUCCCAAUCAGCGACCAAACCAUCACCACCAUCCUCACUUCUCUCAACCGCCUCACCCCCCUCCCCACCAACCAAUCCACCCUCCGCACCCUCAUUCCGGUAUCCUUCCCCACAACCUCCCACCCAACCGGGACAGAAUCAUGGUACCUCCUCCACGACCUCACCCCCGCCCAACGCUACGAAGUGCGAAUCUGCUGGGCAGCGACUCAACCAACCUCCUUCGACCUUCAAACCUUCCCCCUCACCGAGAUCCCCUCUCUCCCCUCCUUAACCUCCUACCUUAAUCCCCUAUCCCCAUCAUCAUCACCCCCCAAGGACUUAAACAACCCCCCUACUCGGUCCUCCCUCCUCCUCCUCCGCCUCCUCGCCAAAGCAGACUUCUACACCACCAACCAAACCCUCAUGUCCAACCCACCCCCCGUAGCAGCAGACCUCAUCCUCGACCCCUUCCUCCUCAACCUCCUCCCCCGCUCGCUAGCCCCAACAGCAGGGUACAUCAUCCUGGUAGCCAUAACAAGCUGGCUCCUAGCACGAGGCGUGAGCAGGGCUCUUUCGUCGCUCAUCAUCGACAGCAACGACCGUCAACUCACCAAGGACGCAAAAAAGACACAGUGAUUGUUUGUGUCCAGUACU